AUGGAUAUUGUAUGCAAAAUUGCAGCACUAAAUUCUCAUGGUAAAUCAUCAAGUAUCUCAAACAUGAUGGCAAGUCCUUUUUCAACGAAUACUCCAUAAACUUGUAGUUCUGUUUUGUAAUUUGUUCCCUUGAUCCAAUCAUCUGUUAAAAAAUAAGAAAUGAAAAAAUUUAUUUUAAAGGAGAGAAGAGAAUAUGAUAAAAAAAAACAAAUUGUAGAAUCAGGUUAAUUAACUUAAAGAGGCAUGACCAAAUAUCUCAAACCAAAUAGUAAUUCAAUAUAUCAUUAAAGGGUUGAAAUGGUAAAAAAAUGAAUUAAGACUUUGUGAUACAACAAUAGAGACAAAAUUAAAAAUUGCUGAUUUAAUAUUGAAUUUAAAAGGAGGAUAAUCUAGAAAGGAUAUCUUAAUAGAAAGGAUCUAAACUUAGAUUGAAAGCCCAAGACCGAUUUUCAGCUAGAAAACAAUUAAGAGUGAACAUAAUAUAUAACAAUUCAUGGAUAGAAUAAAGUCUUAAACUAUCCCUUUUAAAUUAAGAUCAGAUGCUUAAUCUCCCUCGAAAAUUAAUCAAUCUCAAAAAAUUAUCGAAAAUUUUAAAACUAUAUGUAAAACAGAAUGA